CUGACACGUCACCGGCUCAGAAGGAGGACAAUUUAAUGGUUUGAAGAAAGCCGAAAUUUCUCCUCAUCUUUUAGCCAACUAGUGUCAUUUAAGUUCAUGCUGACAUAAAAUAAACAUGGCAUUGCCGAAAUGGGAGAGAAAAGCGCGCACAUUUCUGUGCGUUUUCGGUUUGUUUUUGUCUGUUUAUGCACUUCACGUCGAGCUGUCCCGAGAGAGAAACCCAGAUUACAGGGCGAUGUGUGACCUCGGAGAGAAUGUAAGCUGCUCUAAAGUUUUUACCUCCAGAUGGGGACGUGGUUUUGGCUUGGUCCAGUUCUUUGUAGCCAAAGAUAGCCUUCUGAACCAGCCCAACAGUGUUCUUGGCAUCAUAUUUUACACUCUGCAAAUGGGCCUCGGACUGUCUCUGUCCAAAAAAGCAGCAAUGUUUUUGGUCUUCUCCUCCUGGGUGUCUAUGGCCGGCUCAAUUUAUCUUGCAUCUAUUCUUGCCUUUGUUCUGGGGGAUUUCUGCAUGGUCUGCGUGUCAACAUAUAUCGUCAACUUUGCGUUGCUCUUCACCAACCUGAAACGUAGGAGAGCAAUGGAAGCAAUGAAGGAAAAGGCUGGAUAGAAAGUGAUACUUGGGAGCCGAAGCCAAGCUGGAUCUAAGAAAAAAAAAAGAAGACAAUUCUCUCCCACAGUAUUUAUGCAUUGUUUACACCUUGGAAGACUUUUCAGAGAAACAGAACUAGAUCAGAAGAUCUAUAAAAUUAUUUUUAGAGAAACUUGCUAAGGCAACAGUCUUUUUCGUAUAUAAAUGUGCAUUUGUAAUGCUGAUUACACACUU